AUGAAGCCGUCCAUCUCGAUCGACCUGCCAGGGUGGUGCACACUUCGACGAGAUCCCAAAGAAGUCGAAAGCGACGAGCAGCUCCUGGCCCUAAUGGAUGACGUGGCCGGCUCGGGCGGCACUCACGACCUCGACGGCAACGCGAGCGGGGAAAACUCCGGCAACGGUGACAACGAGAGUGACGAUGACGACGACGCCAUCGCGCGGCUGUUUUCCGUUGGCGGGCUCAAGCGGAAGAGGAGCUCGGACUCGCGCCAGCAGACAGGGGACGGGGGCGAGACGCGCAGCAGCGGCAGCGGUAGCGCGGGGCGGGCGGGGAGGGGCACCGCAAGGUCUGACCUCGAAGCCGAGGCGUACGCGGACUGGCCGUGCGUGAGGUGCACCUUCAUCAACGCCUACACGGAAGACGCGUGCGGAGGCUGCGGUGGCGCUAACAAGAAGCGGGACCGCUUGCUGCGGGAGAGGAGGGAGGAGGCCGAGAAGCUGAGCAGGCUGCAGACCGCCCGGCGGUGUCGAGACAGAUCUCUGAAGGAGGAAGCGUUGAAGGAUGUGUUGGAAGACAGCAGCGACUCCGAAAACGACGACCACAACCGGCGAGGAGAAGGCCCAGCUUCCCAUACAACGAAACCGGUCGAGGACGAAACACCGGUGUCGACGGCAUCCGCGUCGGAGACCACCAGCGCCGCUCCGGCAGAUGAUAACACCGGCCGGACGAAGACCCUGCAGCAGCACCCAGGUACUGGUGGCGGUUGCGUAAUCAGUAUUCUCCCUCCCGACCUGUUGCUGCAGUGCGCGGAGUAUCUGGGAGACGCUCGUAGCCUUUGCCGCGUGCGCGAGGUCGGCCUCGGGUGGCUGCUAGCCCUUGACGACCGAGAGGCCGGGAGCCGGCUCUGGCGGCCGCUGUUCUACCGCCUCCGCGCCAGCGGUUCGAUCCACAAGGCCACCGACGCCACCGGGCAACAGAACCGACAGCUCAAGGUUUACGACCUCGGCACUAGGCCACCAAACCGCGGCAGCAGUGCGUCGGCGUUCGGGAACGGCCUCACGGCAGGCGUGUCCACGCCGAGCCCCUCGCAGAAGACGAGAUUAUCGUCCGGAGGGCCCCCUGCUUUGGCGGCAGGAAAGGGGACCCCGUGGUCUUCGGGCUCGGGUUCCGCGGCGGCGGCGGUUGUUGCUUCUUCAUGCGUGGUAUGCGGCCUGAUUCAGAGGGACGGGUACUCCGGUAAGGACUGCGAGAUGUGCGCCUCCGCCCUGGUGUUGGUCCGAGGCCGGGAAUCUCCGGCCACGCCGCGGCUGGCCUACACCCGGGUUAAUCUAUCGGGAGGGGGCGGCUCUUGUUCUUCCUUUUCCUCCCCGACGACGAUGCGCUGGCAGCAGCACCCGGGAUGCCUGGUCACCGGGGCCGGAUCUUCUCGAUCCCCUGAUCUCCGACAGAAGGGACGUGUCGGGGGCAUCACCCCCGCCGGCGCGACCGCCGAUGGUGCUCGCGAGGCGGAGAGAAGCAUCGGCAGCUGCAACAGCAGCGGUGGCGGCGCACAGGGCCUCGAGGAGGAGUUUGGUGGGGGUGCGCGCAGCGUUGACUGGCAUUUCCUGGUGAAGAGACUGGCGGAGGAAAAGCGGAUCGCCAACGGGUGGGGGUCCCUGCAACACGGUUGGGUGUGGCUCCAGCGUGAGCUCCAGAACAUGCUCCGUCGACGACGUGGACACGAACAGCUCGGACCCGCUCCCUCCCUCACAGCAGCAGUGCCCACCCACCCCCCUCCUCAAGUCGAGCUAGCCGCUCUCUCUAGCGCCUCAGGGGUAGGAACGCGGGGGGGAGCCUCCCAUCCCGGAGCGCAGCAGCAGCAGCAGCAGCAGCAGCAGCAGCAGGAGCAGGCGAGCACUCCUACGGCGGCCGGCCGGGCCGCAGCAGACGGCGAGCCGGAUCCCAGGAUAGCCCGCCUCGUCCGCAAGCUGUCGACCAAGAAGUGGGUGGUGUUGUACGACAGCCUCAAGGCCACCUUCACGCUCCAGGCGGAGGGCAUCGCCAGGGAGAUCGUUCUCGCGGCCGCGUCUGCCGCAGCCGUUGCCGCCGCUCGGGAGGACCAAGGCAAGGGAAUUGUGGAUGCGUGCGGGAGGCGGCCGGGGGCUUCUGCUGACCUGGAAGGGCUGAGGGGGUGCGUUGCUGCGUGGGAGGCGUACAAGGAUUGGUGCGAGGAGGUGGACAUGUACUGUGAGCUUCUCAACGAACACAUUUCUGCAGAAAGGUACCGCACAGCUGGCGCCGGAUGCGGUCGGGGGGACAACACCCCUUACAUCCGAGACACCGCGCUGAUAAGCUUCCGGCAUUCCUUCGCGCUAAACGUCCAGGUUUGCGCCAUGCUGCGAACGGCGAUAUCCAAGGGCAUGCCUACCGCUUGCACAGACUCAUUCUCGGUUACUGGACCACCCCUUGAGGCCGCCCGAUACGAGCCCGGUAGAGGUGGUGCCAAGCAAGACAACCCGAGAUCAGACACGGCGAAGUCGGCGGCCGGGGACGCCGACGAGCUCUUCACCGACCUCGAGUUGAUGGAGGACUCAAGAGCCAUCGAUUUUUCCGUCAGGUCGUUCUCGGGGCCCGGCGGCGGCGGCGGGGGCGCGGGCGGCGGGCCCGGUAGCAGGGGGGCGUCGACAAUCAGCGGUGCCUGUGGCGGUGGCGUUGCGGGCAGCAGAGCGUUGAGGGCCGCAAGCGCCAGCCGCUCGUCUGUCGGGUCAUCUCGACCGGGCAACUAUUACGACUGGUUUCUCAGCAAGCUGGAGGGUAAGGAGGCGGGGAUUAUCCGCGGGGACAUCGACGCUCGCGGGAAGAGCGUGGUGCGGUCGUCGCCCCCUGGGGAGGGGAGCGGGGCGGCGGGUGGGGCGGGUUGCGCGUUGCAGGCGGCAGCGACUCAAGCGGAACUGUUGGAGGCUGUCGGCGACAUGGUGGAGGAGUUGGACGUGCCGGAUGAUGCCCUCUCGAAGGAAAGGCACACGCAGGGCGCGAUGCGAAGGCUCCUCCUUCUGCCCGUGAAGCGCUGGCAGGCGGCGGCGGCGGCGGCGGCGGCGGCGGAGGCGGCCGCUCGCAACGACAACGCCGAGGGGGACCCUCGAAACCUGCUCAUGGCAGGCUUGUCCCCUGCCCCGGGCAAGGAGGGUUUCCAUCGCUUGCGCGGAGGGGCGGCGGGCCGAAGAAGGAAGGGUGCCCCCCCGAUGUCUUCCCUUGGGAAGGACGCCGGGAAGUCUUGGGAGCAUCUCAGCACCUUGUUCGGCUGA